AUGUCAAUAUAUCAAAGUAAAGAAUUUAAUUUGGAGGAAAUUCCUGUUGGAAAAUGGAGGGAUCGAUUUUAUGAGUUCCAUGUCUGGUUAUCUGCAACAUGGAUUGAGACUGGUCACUCUCUAUCUGAAGUUUACGGCAAGAUUUCAAGGACGACUUCAUCAAUAUUGGUUGAGUCUUGGAUAAUAUCGCUAAAUAUGAUGAUGAAGCAGAUGUCAGCAGAUGAUUUCAUUGGCGGUCUAUACAGAGAAUUUCUUGGCGAAUGGAUAGACUACCAAACUCAAGUUCGACAGGAAUACCUCCUUCAAAAUCAACAAUCCAGAAAGGCAUUGGUCGACACCGUUCUUGGACUGCUAUUCCUGACUAUUCUCAAAAAGUCAGACGCCCUAUGCAACCAGAUGGGUUUCCUCCAAUGGCUGGAUAGGCUCAGAUUUGGUAAGGUAUGUUCAGAGUCAGAUCUGCAGAUCAAGUGUCCAAAGAAACAUGAUGAUCGUUCAAAGCAUGAAGAAAAUGGAAGAAGCAAGCAUAAAUUCAAAUCUGGAAAAUUUUGCAGACCUAAAUGA